CACAUCGGCAGAUCUGUAGGUUGUUGUGGAUUCGUAUAUUUUAAGUAUAUUUUUAAGUGCUUGGAUCAACAACUGAACUUCCAGGUGCGUGUAUGAUGGAUUCAAACCCUAACGUGUUAGGGCUGGAGGACCAGAAUAGAACUGCUUCCUCCUGUUCCUCUGGCUGUAGGGAGACAAGUCAGGCUGCAGUGACCUCAGGAUCCAGAGUCAGUGGAGAGCAGCGUCCUCAGAAACCCAGCAAACAGCGCUCCCAACAGGGCUUCAGUGCACUACAGAAACUGUCUGCUGAAGAACGGAGGAUCGUGAAUGAAUGUCUACAUGGUGUGAUUAGUUUGGAGGACCUGAGUCACGCCUCAGAUGGCAUCAUCGACUGGGUGUUGACUGUCACCAGUGAAGUUCUCCUCCCUGCCAUCUCCCUGUGCAAAGCUCUGAGAAGCAGAUCCUCCUCUAGCACUAAGCAGGAUCCACAGAGAAGGUCCCCAUCAGAGGGCUCGCUGCUACAGGCCCCAUCAAUAUCAACAUCAACACCUCCACACUCUGGUGCCUCCCCAAUGAGACCGAGAAUCAUCCCCAAAAUGUCCAGCUUCCUCACAGGCCAGGGUGAUGCUACUGAUCGCCUUCUGGGGGGGCGGCCCCUUGGAUCCCUGUUAGGUGGAGAGGUGAGGACGGAUGCUGAGUUAGAACACAUGGCCAGCAGGGUGGUGGCUGUGGUUCUACAAGGGGUCUGGACUAUGACAUCAGUAGACACUAGCGACCCUGAGAUGAGGGCUCUUCUCUCAGGCAUUCUCAAGAACAUCCCCAUGGUGUUGAAUCCUGCUGUAGCUGCAGAUAGAGAAAGCUCUGACAGUCAGAGUCCCUUGGAGAUAGUUGACAUUGGGCAGAGAAUCAACCCAGGGUUUUUCCUCUCAGACGAGCACAUCAGCCGUAUUUGCUCAGACACGGUGACCAGCGCGUACAGCAACACCAGGUUCUCUGUAUUGGAGGACAAGUCUCUAGGCUUCACUGAUGACAGAACACUGUCUCCUCCAUCACCGCUGUGUCAGAAGUCCCAGUGCUGCCUGACCGCUGGGGAAGAGACAGGCAGGUCUCCCUCUCUCUCUGAGCAGCACAGCAUCACCUCCCUCCAGGGAAGACAGUCAUGUUCCUCACACUGCAGACAGACUUCAGGGCAGAGUGCUGCCUCCCUCUCUGGUAGUCAGAGUCCAGACGAGCUCCUCACUCCUGAGGUGAAGCAGAGGAUUAUCAUGGCUGUGGAGGAGAUCAUCACAGAGGGCGGUGAGGACUUAGCCUCUGGAUCCACAGAGCUGUGUGAAGCUGUGUCACCAGGCUCUCGCCGCUUCACUUCCACUACCAGCCUGGCAGCCAGCAACAUUUUGUCUGUUGUUCUGCACGGCCUAAAGGACACCAUCGGUGCUGUUCAGUCCAAAGAGGUCGCCAGGUCAGAGUUGGAAAAGACUAUCAGCCAAAGCCUGGUCAACUCUGUGAAGGUGACCCUGAAGAGUCUGCUGAUGCUGGAUGCUCAGGUUUCUGUGGUGCAGGGAGACAACUCCACCCUGAAGACCUCAGAGCAGAUCCCACAUGGAACCAUGGAGACCCCAGAGCUGAUCCCAGCUGUAACCAUGGAGACCUCAGAGCUGAUCCCAGACAGAACCAUGGAGCCUCCAGGAUGUUCCUCAGACAUAGCUGUGGAUAAGAACCACAUCUCCCUCCAAGGUGAAGAGGACAUCGCUUAUGAGGCCAGCAUAACCGCCACCUCUAUCUUCUCCUCCAUCGUGGAUCUGGUGAAUCCCAUGAAGGACAGAAGGUCCACCUCAUCCAGGGGAGGCUCUCAGUAUCAGUGCCCCAUGCGUGCCUUCCUGGACUCCAAGGACCUAGCAGGGUUCCUUCGCAGCCCUAACCUCCGCCGCUUCUCUGAGCAACUGAUCUUGCACGUGGUGCGACUGAUCCUGGAGUCCAAAAUGGCGAAGACGAUGUCAGUAAGAAAGUGUUUCUCAGACAUGACAGUCACCAACCUGAGUGGAGGCUUUGACCUGUUCACAAAGUUCUGUACUGAGCUCCUCUACAGCUUUGUGGAGGGGGCGGUCAAGAACCUUCUGGAGACUUUCCUGAGUGUUCCACACAGCCCUCCUGUGGAAUCCUUCAUGGAGGAUUACAGCUGCAUGGAAGAGAGGAACUGGGUGGCCUCUCCCACCCUCUCUCGUGCCAGGAGUGCACGCCUGGAGAGUGAUGAUGACUCCACAAUCACACAAGAGUCAGGUGAAGUGGGCGUGGUCAAGCCCAGCUCUAGAAAAACCAUCAAUGGUCUUCUAUCUGACAUGUUCAUUUUCAGAGUUGGAGAACUUCUCCAAGAGGGUUGUGAUGAUGAUGAGGUUGAACAGACUGCUGCCAGAGUUGAAGAACGUCUCCAAGAGGCUUGGGAUGAUGAUGAGGUUGAACGUAUUUCAAACAACGAUUGCAUGAUGCCGGACAUGAUGUCAGAGACUUCGUAUAAGUAUUCUCUUGAAUCUGAUGUCACUGGCUGUGAGAAGAAACCCUACUCCCCUUGGAUGACAGGGGAACUGGACGAGUGCAGAGCUGAAUCAGUGGACUCAGCCAAGACAGAGCACAGAACCUCAUCCUUCCGGCAGUCCAAUCCCAGCCAGGCUUCCUUCAAGGCAGAAGCCUCAUCAGGUGCCUCCUCACUGGCCUCACUGGAGACGAUGGUAAACCUCAGCUCUUCUAACAAUGCUGCAUUAACAGCUGACCGUCAGAACAUGGCUGUGACUCAGAGCAGCACAGGGGCAGCAGGUCACAAAGGGUGGCGCUGCAUCCCUUGCUGCCAGACUGCUGAGGGGACACCCAUUGAGGUGCCUAAAACUCUAUCAAAGACAGCGAAGUUUCAGAACAAAAGCCAGAAGAAAUCUUCCAAGCCUCGUAAAGGAAAUAAAUUCAACAAUUCAGUGGCACCCCUGCCUGUUUCAGCUGCUGCAGAGAAACACAAGAAGCCCUCCUUUGGCUCCCGCUUGUCUGCUGCCUUCGCCAGGUUCUUUUGUGGAUGCUGUGGUAGCAAGAAGAAGAUCAGACAGUAGAGAAUCAUAUCAGCCACAAAGGUUAACACCAGACAUAUUUCAACGCUGGGUUUGAAUAGUAAAACCCACAUGAAUAAAUAAAUAAACAUAAUUGCACUCAAGU